GCAACCUGAAGGCGCAAUCUCGUGAAGUCACUGGAGUUGACACAGAUAAUUCCAGUGGCGGCGCCUACAUUCAAGCGAUGCGAGAAUUAGGCAACAGGACCUCAGAGCCUAAUCCUACUCCUAUCAGUAACUUGCCGAAAGAGUUAGGAAGAGUCCGAGCUGUUUACGAUUUUGAGGCUGCUGAAGACAAUGAACUCACCUUUAAAGCUGGCGAGCUAAUAGUCCUACUUGAUGACUCAAAUGAAAACUGGUGGCGUGGCAGUAAUCAUCGUGGCCAGGGUCUUUUCCCCGCACAGUUUGUGUCCAGGGAAUUAGAGCCUGGUUCUAAAGAGGCGCAAUCUUCACAGGCCAAGUCAGUCUCUUUUAGCAAUGUUGUUCAAGUUGCCACAGUUCGAAAGUCUGAAGAUACAUCUUCUGAUGUGCCAACUCAUCAAGAAUCUCCUUGUUCUCUACCGAAAAUAGAUCCCAAAUUGUUAGAUGAUUGUCUCAAAAUAAUAAACUCAGUAGACAUGACUUCUGAUUUGGACGCUGAUCCUCCUGGCUUGGUUGAGCUGGAGGCUCGUUGUUAUGCUAUGGGUCCUUUAAUUGAUCCCAAGCUUGAGGAGGUGGACAAGCAAUGUAGCACAGUCACAGAGGUUAAUCAGCGUCUCUUGGAUGCUCUUCAAAGGUACCAUGAGCUUAUGACUCUAUCAUUUGGCCCAACCUUCACUAAUGCACCAGGUGGGACUAUGUUACCACAUGACGUAGUAUCUGCAUGUCAAUCAAAUCUACCAGGCCUUGGACAUUCCUCAGCCCCUGUUGGAGCCGAUAGUCUGGCUUACGGAUAUCCUGUCGCAAUGACAUGCCCAAAGCAGCCUAUUAUAAAUGUUGAUUCUUAUGCCUUCGCUCGUCUCCAAAAAUAG